AUGUACGGCUCAGGGAGCGCACUCGGACACAGUGGAUCACCGAUCAUGGAAAGAGCCGAAGAUGUCAGCUCGGUCAUGUGAUCAGCUGUGUCCAAUCACAGCUGAUCACAUGGGACUGAUGAUCAGUGUGCCCUGAUGAUCAGUGUAGCCCCAGCAGUGCCACCUGUCAGUGUCCAUCAGUGCCUUCUGUCAGUGCUCAUUGGGGCCUCAUGCCAGUGCCCAUCAGUGCCACAUAUCAGUGCCCAUCUGAGCUGCCUUUCAGUGUCACCCAUCAGUGCCAGUCAGUGCCACCUAUCAAUGCCAAUCAGUGCCACCUAUCAGUGCCGCCUAUCAGUGCCAGUCAGUGCCACCUAUCAGUGCCAGCCAGUGCUGCCUAUCAGUGCGCAUCAG